GAGAAGCUAGGAUUACGGAUGUGAGCCACCAAGCCGGUGCCCCAACUUGUUUUAUUUUCUUCUUGUGAACUUGCAAAACUGCCAGAUCAUUUGAAGGAAAGUUAUUUACCAUAGGAUGCAAUUCCUGGCUAGAGUGUCACACGGGAUUCUUUUGUACAGGUCUCAGCAGACUGGACUCCUGUCCCGCUCCCCCUCCCCCCCAAGAAAUGGCCCUGGUCCCCUACGAGGAGACAGGAAUGGGGCUCCAGAAAUUCCACAAGCCUCUUGCCACUUUCUCCUUCGCGAAGCGCACGAUCCAGAUCCGGCAGGACUGGAGACACCUGGGCGUGGCCGCGGUGGUGUGGGACGCGGUGCUCAUGUGACUAUCACCGAUCGAAAAGUAGCAUUAGAGUUCCUUAAAUCAAACGUUCAAGCCAACUUGCCUCCCCAUAUCCAAGCCAAAGCUGUUGUUAAGGAGCUGACUUGGGGCCAGGAUCUGGGGAGUUUCUCACCUGGAGAAUUUGACCUGAUACUUGGAGCUGAUAUCAUAUAUUUAGAAGAAACAUUCACAGAUCUUCUUCACACACUGGAGUAUCUCUGUAGCAAACACUCGGUGAUUCUUUUAGCUUGCCGGAUCCGCUAUGAACGGGAUAAUAACUUCUUAAGGCUGCUGGAGGGGCAGUUUGCUGUGAGUAAGGUUCACUAUGAUUCUGACAAAGACAUAUAUAUUUACAAAGCACAGAAGAGAAACCAGAAGGAAGACUUAUAGGUGGCCGCAGUUCGUGCGAAUGUUGUCACUGAAUGUGUCUGACACUCUAAUGACCUGUUCCCUGCACUCAUCUCUAUCCAAAGCUACUCAAGGGACAAAGCAUGUGGGCAUUUUUGUUGUUUCUGGCAGGAUUGGGGGUUGAACUCAUGACUCACACUUGCUAGGCACUGCCUUUCCACUUGAGCUACUCCUCUAGCCCUUUUUGGCUUUUGUUCUUUUUCAGAUAGGUUCUUAGGCUUUGUGCUCAGAGUUGGCCUCAGACAGUGAUCUUCCUGUUUGCAGGUGUUUGUCACCACACCUGGCUACCUACUCACUUGUUUUUUAUUUUUUGUUUUUUGCCAGU